GUGCCCGGGCGGCGGCUGCGACUGAGCCCGUGAGCGGGGCCUCACCAUGGGCUGCGGGGGCAGCCGGGCCGACGCCAUCGAGCCCCGGUACUAUGAGAGCUGGACGCGGGAGACCGAGUCCACCUGGCUGACCAACACGGACUCCGAGAGCCCGCAGCAGGAGGGCGGCGGCGCCGAGCCCGGGCGGGAGCCGAGCGGGCCGCGCCCCGGUCUUCUGGAGGAUGGGAAAUUGGCUCAGACUGGUGUAACCACAGCAGCAGCCCCAGCUGGAACGCUGAGCACUGACAAGAGGAACAACUGCAGUUCUCAGUGUGCCAACCCCAUGGUCCACAGCACGGGAGCCACGACACAGAGGCAGAAUGGCUUCAGAACCACAGAGAGUAAAUGGGACACACAGAAAAUGUCCACAAAAGAAGUCGCCAUUAAUGUUACAAAAAGCAUCAGACAAAGUGACAGAAGGAAAACAAAGAAUUGUGCCAAUUAACAAAGAAAAUUGCAGGUUUAAUCCAAGCCACAGGGUUGUUCUCCUCUAGUGACUGAUAACUGACCAUGUGUGACUUGUGCUUAUAGUCCUGACACCUUUAAUAUCAGUCUGCACUUAACACCCUGAAGGUCUCUUCUCUCAUCCUGCUACAAUCCCAUUUUCCUUCAACCACUAUAAAGCUAUAGCCUUCUGAUCACCUACUGAAUGCUUUAUCAGCACAACCUAGUUGCUCACACACCCUUGCUCUGUCACUUUGCAACUAGAACAACCCAACAGAAGACAUACAUUCAGACACAGACAGACACAGGCAAAAUACUCCAUGUCCAGAAGUUGUGGUAAUAUCACUGGCAAGUCAUCAACUUACAAACACACUCAGUGCACUUAAGAAGGAACAAUCUGGAUUAUGGCUUCAAAAACUUCCAUCACGAUCAUACUUCUAUUGCAAUAAAUCAGCAGUCUUAAGGAUGAUGAGGUUUCAGAGCACUGUCCUCUGCCAUGGGCUUCUGCCAGUCACCUCCAUCAACAUUUCCCCCAUGCAAGAAUUUGGUAUCCAGCCCUGGUCAUCUCAGAUGGCCCUAGCACGUCUUGGUCCCACAAGCAAUACCAUU